UCGGCGGUGCCUUUGAUGUCUGGAGCUCUGAGCUCUCCAGGAGCUCCGGCAGCACUCCUAGCCUCCCGCGCCUCCAGCUGCUACCGCACCUCCAGCCCUUAGUCUGUCCAACCCUCCCGCUUGCUUGUUCUCAGAACUACCACUUCUAGCCCUGGCCCUCCCCCAGCCCCAAGGGAGUCGGGCGCCGGCGUGGGCUAGACUCCGGUCAACCUCAGCCCUCUUGGGCAAAGGCGCAGAGAAACGACCCUCCCCACUACCCCCCGGCAGGCCCCGAGGGUGCCCCAGAAGUUAUCCGCAAGCAGCUCGGAGUGGAAAAGUGAGCCAAAGCGGAGAGAGCGGGAGCGAGAGCCCCGCGGCCCCGGCCGGAUCAUGCCCCAGCUGGGCGGAGGCGGCGGCAGCGGGGACGACCUGGGUGCUACAGACGAGAUGCUAGCCUUCAAGGAUGAGGGCGAGCAGGAAGAGAAGAUUCCCCAGGGCGGCUUCCCUGAGCGGGAUCUGGCUGACCUCAAGUCCUCGUUGGUCAACGAGUCCGAAGGCGCGGGCAGCAGCGGCCAAGCCGGGAGCGGCCCGGGCCAGACAGAGACGCUCCGGCGAGCUUCAAACUCCCAGAGGCUGUACCAGGACAAACUCCCGGAUGCUUUGGAAGAAGGCCUCAAGGCCCAGGACAGCAGCAGUGUCGGGAUGUACAAAGAGUCUGUGUAUUCGGGCUACAAUCUGCUGGUGCACUACCCAGCCAACGGAGUAAGUGCGGGAACCGGAGCAGGGACAGGAGCCGGAGCAGGGACAGGACCUGGAGCUGUCUCUGGGGCUGGACAGCCCCUGCACACCAAGCCUGGUCAACCCUCCCAUGGAGUGCCCCAGCUCACACCCCUCUACGAACAUUUCAGCUCCCACCCAACACAUGUCUCUGCUGACAUCAACCAGAAACAAGGUGUUCACCGCCCACUACAGACCACCGACCUCUCCAGUUUCUACUCUUUAUCUCCAGGUGGUGUUGGACAGAUUUCCCACACUAUGGGCUGGGCGAGCCCACCUCUCUAUCCCCUCUCCCCUUCCUGUGGAUAUAGACAGCACUUUUCGACUGCAGUCUCCCCGGGGGCACCUUACCCUAGGUUCACCCAUCCAUCUCUGAUGCUGAGCUCAGGUAUGCACACCACUGGCAUCCCCCACCCAGCCAUUGUGCCCCACUCUGGAAAGCAGGAGCUGCAGCACUAUGACCGGGGCCUGAAACCUCCAUCAGAAGCCAAGCAGGAGAAAGAAGCUAAGAAGCCAACCAUUAAAAAGCCCUUGAAUGCAUUCAUGCUGUACAUGAAGGAAAUGCGGGCCAAAGUCAUCGCAGAAUGCACACUCAAGGAGAGUGCAGCCAUUAACCAGAUCCUAGGGAGAAGGUGGCAUGCACUAUCUCGAGAAGAACAAGCCAAGUAUUAUGAACUGGCCCGAAAGGAACGGCAACUCCAUAUGCAGCUCUAUCCUGGCUGGUCAGCCCGAGACAAUUAUGGGAAGAAGAAAAGACGGUCAAGAGAAAAGCAUCAAGAAUCAAACACAGGGGAGAAGGUGAAAGGGCUGGAGGAAUGCCUCUCUACACUCCAGGUUACCAGGGAGAAUGAAGUGUUCCUUGAAAGCCUGGAAGAAGGGCUGCAAGACCCUGGCUCUCCUAAGAAAUGUCGAGCUCGCUUUGGCCUCAACCAGCAGACGGACUGGUGCGGUCCAUGCAGGAGGAAAAAGAAAUGCAUUCGGUACUUACAAGGAGAAGGAGAAGGACGCUGCACCAGCCCAAUUUCUUCAGAUGGCAGUGCUAUAGAUUCCCCUCCAUCCCCUCUGGAUGCCCUCCAAUAUGUUCGCCCUGCUUUUACCCCAGACCAACUCACCAGUCCCACUGAUUACGCACACAGACCACCAAACUGUCCCUUUUCCCUCUCUCUCCAUCUCAAGCCUACUCCUCCUGGGGUUGGACUCCCAGCAAGGUGAUUCUCAGCCCCCAGCUCUCCAGCAGUCCUUCCAUGAAUCUUCAGCAGCAUACAAGCAUCACAGCAACAGGACACAAAGACCAAAGGCAUAAGAUGCUUUGCUUCAUCCACAGGUGGUCAAGAGCCAGACAAUCAAACAGAAACUGGCCUGAAGCCACCUUCCCAUCCCCCCACUUUCUCAUAGUGCUGGCCUUUAUAUUGUGUGUACACUGCCCAACUUGUGGGGCCCCGGCAGUCAAGCUGUUUAGGAGAGUGGUCAGACCAAUUUCAAAAUGUUCUCAUAAGCCAGCCCCCCCCUUUUAUGUCCAGAUUGGAUUUUAAAAGCAUGGUAUAGCAGAAGGCAUGCUGGACUUGGAUUCAGAACACUUACAUGCACUAGCCUCAGUUCCUACUACUACCUAAUGAGUUACUGUGGUCUCAGGCAAACUAGUGUCUGAAUUUCAGUUGUCUCAUCUAUAAAAUGGGAAUAAUAUCUGUUCUUCAAAUAUGAUAACAGAUAUGAAAAAGUACUACACAAAGUGCUAUAAAAUAUAAAGUAGUACUAAUUAGCCAAAUGCCCACAACUUCCUAGUUUUUUCUUGUUUCUGAUUCUUUCGCUUUAAGACACUGCUGAGCCUUGUUCCCACUAGGCAUGCCUCCCCUCCUAUAGUACGUUCUGGAAAGAGGAAAAGAGAAAUGAGGCACCUCAAAAAUUACACAUCAAAGAUCUAAGAGUCUUCAGCACAGCAACGAUGAAGAACAAAAAAGCUUCUUGUUCAAUGGACAGGAAAACAUUGUUUACAGAUAACCAAACUGUUUUAGUCUGGCCAAGGGUCCUGUGUAAACGCAGAGGAAACAUUUAUUGCUUUAAUUGCCAUAAAUUUCAUACUGAGGGAAAGCCCACAAGUUAUUCUCCAAGAGGGCAGGGACAAGUUCAGGUCAUUUCAUUCAAGGGCAGUUUGCCUUAACUGCUCAAGGUGCUUCCUAGAAACCUCCAAAUUUCCUCAGAAACAUGCCCUGAAGACACAAUGAAGAACACAGAGAUCCUAAUGCUGCCUGACAGCCAAGAUGCAGAAAGCCAGGCCGGAGGCUGCUCAUCAGCAGCAGUCCUCAGACAAAUUAUUUUCUUAAAAGAAUUUCUUCCACAUUUUCAGGUCUAGCUGUUGAAAACCAUUUGUUAAAGACUUGUUAUAGUCAAGUCUUGAUUAAGGGGAAGUUUAGGUGAAGUAUGGACACUUAAAACCCACAGAUAAACCUCAAACCUCACUUAAACCUUUAGUAUCAACUUCCAGUUCUGAUCCAAACUUAUACUAGAAUCCUCUCAGCUAACAGACAACUUGAGGCUUUCCCUCAUUUGUGCAUUCUGAAUGUUUCCUAAGAGCUAAGGCCCCACUCAAUGAUACCCCCCAGGAAAUCAAAUAUUACUUGUGUGAUAUGAUUUCUUCAGAUCCACUGGUUUUGACUGUUGAUAAAAAAAUACUAAGAUCAUCCAUGCCCUCAUGCAACAGGCCUACCAGUGGCUAUUAUCAAUUUCUGAGCCUAUCCAACCCUAACCCUAAGCCUUGAGUGUUUCAGAAAGAAUCAUCCAUUAUGAGGAUAGUCUUAUUUUUUCCCUACUCUAUCCAACUUAUAUACUGAAGACAAUGUAUUAUUUUUGCUAUGGCAUUGCAAGAAAUUUAAAGAGAAAAAUGAUCUUUAUAGUGUACAAAGUAUUUUUGUAUUUUCUUAAGGCAUCAACAAGGAAUGCAAUUUUUUUUACAUGAGAAUAAAGAUACUUUUUACUAGGUUUCUAUAUCAAACUUUGAACCUUAGGAAGCUGUUUACAUUGCGAGCACUACACUUCGCUUGCUUAUUUCUCUUUGCAGCUACUACACAGCUACCUUAUCACUUGGGACCUCCAUUAGUCUUUUUUUUUUCCUUAUCUAUGUAUAAAAGUUCCUAGAGCUUUGCACUGAAAAAUCUGUCCAAGGACAUGACCAUUUUUCUAGGUCAAAACACCAACUUACUAACCCCUCUCUCUUCUACCCAGCCAGCUCAGUGGAGGGGGGGGGGGGGGGCACAACCAUGUAGACAAGGGAGUUCCCUACCCCCUAUGGGGGCCAGGAUCUAUACAGAUCAUUUCAGUGUUUUCUUUCUCCUGGAAGAAACUUACCUACCAUGCUAACUUAGACUCUCAUUCCAGGGCCCCAAACUUCUUUGCCCUCUCCCCAUAAUCUGUUCCCUUCUUCCUCCUAAGUGAGGAAACAACUUUUCCAACCAAACCUACAGAUUCUAAGGCACUGGAGAAAGACACCAUGUGCAGACAUUUCCUAGUUCGUGUGCAAAGAGCAAAGCUGAGAGAACAAGGUCCACACACUGGAUUCUUUGCAAGGAGAAUUGGGGAAGACUAGUCAGAAAGCCUGCAUUUGCAGAUCUAAUAGGCAAUAGAGAGCUAUUUCCAAGCCAUUUUGAUACAAACCCUCUCUAGCUUUAUCUGAGCUAAUAAUACAUUACUUGGUGUUAAUGUAGUAUUCCCCCCCCUUUGGGGGGAAAAAAUCAUUUGAUGGAAAAUGAGAUAGUCAUUUAUAAUAUAGUACAAUAAUUUCCAAAGCAAAAAAAUCUAAACUGUUGUUUUAUUAGCCUCCCCAGAUCUUUUUUCCCAAAAAACUACCCAAAGUGUUAUUUUAUUGUAAGUAAUUUUCAUAUUUCACGUUUGAGUAAUAGUUUCAAUUACUUUAAAAUAGAAAUUUUACUUCCUAAAGCAGGCGAUGAAAGCAACAAUCACCAAAAACAUCAUUACACCAAGUAAAAUCACUGUAUGUAGCAGGGAUAAGUAUUUAACAUUUGGAGCAAUUGGUCCAACAUAUCCACCAUGUGUUGUAAUUUUUUUUUAACUUCAUUAACUUUGUAACUUUUUUUUUUGCUUUUAUGUUUAGUUUUAAAUAAAGCAAUAUAUAAGAAA